GACUAAAAAGUGUGGAAUUUUUUUUAGAAAUUAAAAUGAAAAUUCUAAGAAAGUAUAAAAAAAAUAAAAAUAUUUAGCCCUUAAAAUAAUUAGUCUAUUAAAGCUUUGAACCUUUGAAUUUUGUUUCCUUUCAUUUAUAGAUAGAUCGAUAGUUUCCAAGUGUAGCACCGAACCGAUCAUUGUGGGCAAAGAGAAAGCGAAGUGUCCACGACACGAUUACGAGUGUGUUCGUUGAAUUGAAUCGGGAAACAAAAAUGAAAAUCUACCACGUUCCUUGCCUCGAAGACAAUUAUUCCUACUUGAUCGUUGACGAAACCACCAAACAAGCUGCGGCGGUGGACCCUGUUGAACCCGACAAGGUUCUAGAAGCUUCAAAUUCACUUGGUCUCACUCUCAAAUUCGUCCUCACCACUCAUCAUCACUGGGAUCAUGCUGGUGGAAAUGAGAAGAUAAAGGAAUUGGUACCUGGAGUCAAGGUAUAUGGUGGCUCAAUUGAUAAUGUAAAAGGUUGCACUAAUGCAGUUGAAAACGGUGAUAAGGUGCAUCUUGGAGCAGAUAUUAAUGUUUUGGCGCUUCACACACCUUGCCACACCAAAGGUCACAUAAGUUAUUAUGUUACUGGCAAAGAGGAUGAAGACCCGGCUGUUUUUACUGGAGAUACAUUGUUUAUUGCUGGUUGUGGGAAAUUUUUUGAAGGAACUGCAGAACAGAUGUAUCAGUCACUCUCUGUAACACUAGGUUCAUUACCAAAGCCUACUCGAGUUUACUGUGGCCAUGAGUAUUCUGCGAAGAACUUGCAAUUUGCUCUGACAGUUGAGCCAGAAAAUUUGAAGAUACAGCAAAAAUUAACCUGGGCUAAGAAUCAGCGGCAAGCUGGCCAACCGACAAUUCCCUCAACUAUUGAGGACGAGCUGGAAACCAAUCCAUUUAUGAGGGUUGAUCUACCUGUUAUCCAGGAGAAGGUGGGGUUCAAGACGCCUGUUGAAGCUUUAGGAGAAUUACGGAAGUUGAAAGACAAUUGGAGGGGCUAAUGAAACUACCCUUCUCAUUCACUCCUAUUUUCAUUUUCCUCUUUUGAUCCAUCCAAAUUAAUAAAGGUCUUUUAUGUAUAUUCUGUAACAGUUUGGUUUGCCUGAAAUUAAAAUGAAAGUGUCAGAGUCUUGUCAUGUUAGGGAAAUGGAUUGUGAUUAGUACUUGUAUGUUAAUGUUUUUUUUUUUUGGUUAAGGGAUACAUGUAUGUUAAUGUUGGUCUGUCCAAAUACUAAGAUGUCCCAUUUCAUUCACGUCAUUUACUUGUGAACUUAAAAUAAACUAUUUUCUCCUUUCUAUUUA